AUGAGCCGCCAGCUGUACGCAGUCCUGCGUGGAGCAGUGCGCCUGCCAAAUGCAUCCAGCUCGGCUCGUCAUCACGCCCGACUCACGAUCUUCGUGAUCUCCAUCGUCGUCGUGGCCUUCAACCUUAGAUUGGUAUUCCGUGACUUCCAGAUGUACCUUUCACCUAUCGUGCCUGUGAUCUUUCUCGGUAUUUGCCCCCUCUUCCUCUUGGCCUCCUACUGCUUCCGGGACAUCCCGAGCAAGGCUUUCCCCCAUAUCAUCGAUGACGCCCGGGCCAGCGACGUCUUCUUGCAGCUGGUGCUUUAUGCACACGUCGCCUUCUACUUGUUCCCUUUAGUGCUCUUUGGCGCUUCGCAAACCAUCGCCGAAAGCUUGGUCGUGAAUGUGUUGACAUAUUCAACGGCCUACCUUCCCUUGUUGGAAGAUGAUCGCCUCCUCACCUGUAUCUUCGGCACCUACGCAGUCUUUGCCGGCGUAGUCGCCUUUGCGUCGGAGACAUCCUUCACAGAAGGGAUGAAGCACAUGCUCCUUCAAAACUGCGGCUACGCGUUCCUGAGCCGAUUCCUCGUCUUCUCCUUCGACUCACGCUUCUCACCUACUGCAUCGCAGCUGCAUGUUGAUGUGCACAAGGCUCUUCUCACAGCGCCUCCUCAUCAUAGCUCGGCAUCACGCCGCAGCUUGGAGGAUCUCCUUGACUUCACUCGCCGCGAAGGGGGACCCAAAAGCCUGGCAAAGUUAAUGGUGAUCUACCAGGGCCGGGCGCGGCGGAAGGAGGAGCUCGUCGCCCAGCUCUUCUUCUUGUAUCACUGCCGCGUCGACAAGCAGCUGGACGCCGGAAUCCUUCGCAUCCUCAUCGGACUCCUUGGGCUAGAGAUGAGCCACAGAGGUCCUGUCCAUGACCCAGACGGAUUGCUUCAUGAAGUUGGCUCGUCUGAGGCUUCGUGCAUGGGUGUAUCGAGUUUGGGAAGUGCGAGUAAGUCCACGGCAUCGGGCACGACGCAGACCACGGCAGAGCGCUUGCGACGUCGCGCCUGGGCUAUGCUGGCCUGA